AUGAGGGCUUCAGGAACAAUCAUCGCCGUCGUCUCGACUUUGUCUCUGGCCUCGGCUAUCCCUACCGUCUCGCUGACGAAGCUUGCGUUCCGUGCCGACCCUGCUGACGAUCCCCGUGGAAGCUACACUGUUUCCGGCCUGGGGGCCAGGAAACAAGAAGUAACCGGUGCUGGUGCCGACACAUUUGCGCUCGCCGUCGCCAUGCUCGAGACGGAUGACAUGUCAACCACCUAUGCCUAUGGCGAUAAUAAGCAAGAUGACGCCUCUAACUUCGGCAUUUUUAAGCAGAACUGGGGAAUGUUGAGAGAGUGCUGCACACAGUUCCAGGGUCAGACGGAAGUCGAGUGGAACAACGGGGCUGUUUUGAACUCUGAUUUGAAUGCCGACAUUGAAUGCCUUAACGAAUGUCGGUUGUACUAUGGUGUUGACAAGUGGUUCGGUGGACACCGUGAUGGCUCUACUGGGCUAGCUGAUCCAACACUGGAAGUGAUCGUGGAUUACAAAGCCGGCAUCGAAUGGAUCCAGGCGCAAAUAGAAGCAGAUCCAACUGGUCUCACGGAUGAUACCAGAUUCUGGGUUCAGAUCCAAGCGAUCUAAAUAUGCUGCAUCAAAAUCGAUUCUCAUAUGAUAGUAGCAAAGCUCAGG